GCUGCAGAGUUAUUUUGGAAAGUCAGCUGAUGUUUUCCACCUGAAGGCAGACAAAGACACGAAAUGACCUGAGGUACGACAGCUUGAGCAGCUUUUCAUACUCCGCAGGUGAAGGAUGUGACAAUAACUCACGAUGAGAGAAACAAUAACACAUUUUCAACAGUUUACCUGCUCGGCGCUAGCUACCUAGCUAAGCUAACGUUAGCCAGCCGCUAACGCAGCAGUGUGUCGGCUCUCAGCCGGGGGAACUUGUUUGCGCUACGACCCGAAUUCGAUGUGACAUUCUAAAAUCUCCAGCCUAUCAGCCUCGGUGCCGUGUUUAGACGCUGACUCAUUGCUGGGUUUCCUCUAUCUGGACACUAUGUGGCUCCAGCAGAGGCUAAAGGGGCUGCCGGGCUUGUUGUCGAGCAGCUGGGCGAGGAGGCUGCUGAUCGGACUGCUGCUCUUCAUCAUCUUCUACUGGUACCUGGGAGCCGAGCGCCGGUGGAGCCUGUUCAGCGGCUCCGCCAUGCCCGGGGGGGCGGCCGGACAGUGCCUUCUCACUGAGAUCCACAGGUGGAAGUCUCUGGUGGACCGGGGAGAGGGGAUAUACAGCACACCUCAGGAACAACUAGAUACACCGUUUGUAUCCGGUAACGGCCAUAUUCUUAUUGACAUUGACUCUAACAAACUGUGGGUAGCGUCGUCCUCGCAGCCCGGCUCGGCUCCGGUCCACCAGACUGAGUACUCGCCGAGAGUCGGCGUCCAUCUGGAGGGGAAACGCGCCGAGGCUCAGGCUACCAUGCUGUGGUUCCGGAAAGGCUCGGUGCUGUCGGUCCGCUGUGCCUCACCGGCCGCCCUGCAGUCCGCCAGAGACUGUAUCAGCAUCAGAGAGGAGUUCAUCGCGCACAGGAGCAGACCCAACGUCUACCUGCAGCGGAUCCACAUCAACAACCCGUCUGACCGGCCCGCCUCCCUGGAGGUUUCCUCUGACAACCCCUCAUUUGGGAGCAAGUUCUCCAGCAGUGUGGAGAAACUGGAGGACAGAGACAUCGUGCUGUCCUCCGGCAGAGUGCCUGUGGAGAAUAACCGCAUGGUGUUAGUGUUGGUGGUCACCAAGAAGCUCAACAGCAGGAUCCAGGUCUCUGCUAAAUCCGACUACACAGAAAACAUCCUGUCAGUUGUGUGGACCUCAGAGGCCAUCGAGCCCUCCAAGCUGGAGGAGACCUUCACCGCCCUCCGAGAUGGAGCCAAAAAGGAGCUGGGGGAGUUGCUGAGAGCCAGUGUGGAUGAGCUGGUUAAUGAUCACCAGCAGGCCUGGAUGGACCUCUUCAUUUCAGGUGUUGAAAUGAGGAAGAUCACAGACUCGCACACGCCAUCGAGCCGCACCGUGAACACCACGCUCUACUACAUCCUCUCCUCCUUCGUGGCUCCCCUGCUGGACCGAAGGUUGAGUGGCGAGGAGCGCGCUCACCUCGAGUCCAGCCUCAACUACGCCGACCACUGCUUCAGUGGCCACGCCACCAUGCACGCAGAGAACCUGUGGCCCGAGCGGGUGAGCAGCGCCGCUCAGAUACUGCAGCUGGUCACGCUGUGGACUCUGACUCUGCAGAAGAGAGGCUGCAAGGUGCUGGUGGCGGCCGGAGCACACGGAGCCAUGCAGGGCAUGGUGCUCAGCUUCGGUGGCCUGCAGUUCACAGAGAACCACCUUCAGUUCCAGGCCGAUCCCGACGUUCUUCACAACAGCUACGCCCUUAGAGGGAUCCACUACAACCAGGACCUCAUCAAUCUGGCCGUGUUGCUGGACAUGGAGGGGAAGCCUUUCCUCCACGUGUCAGUGAAGCCGCAGGAGAAGCCGGUGAAGCUGUACGCGUGUGAGGCCGGCUGCCUCAACGAGCCCGUGGAGCUGACGUCAGAGAUCAAAGGUCACACCUUCCCCGUGAUGGUGACGCAGCCCAUCACGCCGCUCCUGUACAUCUCCACAGACCUGCGCCACCUGCAGGACCUCCGCCACACCCUGCACCUCAAGGCCAUCCUGGCUCACGAGGAGCACAUGGCCAACAGGUACCCAGGCCUGCCUUUCCUCUUCUGGUUCAGCGUGGCCUCGCUCAUAACGCUCUUCCACCUGUUCCUCUUCAAGCUCAUAUACAACGAGUACUGUGGCCCCGGAGCCAAGCCCCUCUUCAGGAGCAAGGUCGCCCACAAAAGUGAGGAUGGCUGCUGUGAGCCCAGGAAUGCUGCUUGAACACUGCAGUGCUGUGCACUCGCUCAACAUGUGGCAGCGGCUCUACUUGACCUGGGCAGCAUGGGGGGCGUUCACAUGGCUGUGCUGUUGUUCAGUGACAUCAACCUCUUGGGUGUGUGUUUGUAAAGAGUGAUUAACAGGAAGCAGGGUUCGUACAGACAGGGGCAAGUCAGAUUCAAGGACUUUCAAGUACUUUUUCAAGCACCUAUUUUUUGAUCUUUCCACAACCACCUGCUGCAAGACAAUUGUGCAAAUUUGUAAAUACAGCAAACACACUACCAGGGCCUAAAAUUAACUUAUCAUUAAAUAACCCUUUGAAAACUCUCUGCUGCUUUUAGAUGCUUUUCACAAGUAUUUAA